GUCUCUAUCCUAACAGUUUAUAGGAGAGUCAGAGAAGAAGAAGCAAGGAGAAGAGGACAAGUCGUAUAAUUUGUUUUAUUCUCUUCUCUGGCGAAAACCCAAAACUCCUUCAAGUCUCCCCUCUUCUCCUUCCCGAUUCUUUCUUUCCUUCAAAAAAAAAGAUUCAAUCUUUCCAUCUUCUUAUUAACCCUAAAAUCCCUAAUUAAAACGCCCUUUACGAUUCCUUUUCCUCUAAUCUCCCCAAAUUGAAUUAUGAGGAAGAGAGAGCGAGAGAACCCUUGUUCGCUUUGUGGGCACUAUCACAAGUACGAGGAAGGAGAGGUCUGCGGAAUCUGUGGCCAUCGUAAGCCUGAUGAAUCCUCUGAUGUCGCUGCUCCGCAAGUCCACUCGGGCGCUUUUCCGACGGAGAUCUUGCCGGAGUUUCUCUACCUCGGAAGCUACGACAACGCCUCUCGUUCUGAGGUUCUCAAGACUCAGGGAAUUUCUCGAGUUCUUAAUACGGUUCCUAUGUGCCAGAAUCUCUACAGGAACUCAUUCACUUACCAUUGCCUCUCUGAUGAUAAAGUCUUACAGUUCGAUGAUGCUAUCAAGUUCCUAGACCAAUGUGAGAAGGACAAGGCACGUGUUCUUGUGCACUGCAUGUCAGGGAAAAGCAGAUCACCAGCGGUUGUUAUAGCGUAUUUGAUGAAACGUAAAGGGUGGAGACUCGCUGAGAGUCAUCAGUGGGUUAAGCAACGGAGACCCACAACAGACAUAACUCCAGAGUUCUACCAACAACUGGAGGCGUUUGAGCAGACUAUACUUGGAUCAAGAGAAGGGAUGAUGGCGGCGAUGAAUAUCAACGAUCCUCCAACAUUUGGGUUUGGUUUCCCUAAGGCUAAUAAUAAUAGUCAAGCGCCAGUCCCUGUGUUCAACAAUGCUUCUGCUUCUUCUAUAUUUUCGUCCCCUGCUUCAAGUAUCCUUCCUCACGGAUUCACUUUUGGAGCAGCUCCACCGAAGCCAACAACUGGCGAUGAUAUUAUCAUGGAUGGCUCUUAAUACCAAAAUAUCUUUCUCUUGCAAGAACAUUCUGCUCUGAGGAUAUUUUCUCUUUUAAAAAAAAUUAUAAAUGGAUAUUGGUGCAAUGCUUGCGAAAGUUUGGGGUUUGGGAGAUUUAAGUAAGAUGAAUCUUUGUUGUUUUGCACAUGUCUCUCUUUGCCAAAAAGAGGCAUCUUUUCCUCUUUGAUAACCA